AAUUUCAAGAGAUCAUCCAGACAUGAAUGCAUGAUGAUUAACCUCUUUGUAUAUUUGCUUUCAUAAUUUCUCUUACGUUUCUCUCCCUAAUCACGAGAAAUGUACAAUCCAUUUUUUUUAGUUUUGGAUUUUCUUUCUCUUCUGUGACGUGAAUGGUGGUUACUGGUAGUAAAGGGUAUAAACUAAACGCAAACUUAAAACCAUCCAGCCUGGCUCAUUUCAUGUGCCUAAGCCCCUCUAUAAAUCUAAGCUGGAGUGCAUGCCUAGUGGUAGAAGCAUGGAGAGAAGGUCGAGGGACAAACAAAAAGAAGCUGCUGCAACAAUGUCCAAUGAAGAAGAUGAUGCUAGAGUCCAUAAAGACCAAGACGAUGCCAGACAAUACCGCUGUUUCAAGAAGUAUGAAGAAAUUGUCAAACAGGUUUUGCUGAUAGAUGAGAUGACUGACUCCAUGGACCACAGAGCCAGAUACCAAAGGCGUCGAAGGAACGCUACUACUUCUACUACCUCCAUGCCGGAGCAAGGGAACAUUGAUGGUAUGCUUGUGCAGACAAUCACCAGGUUUCUCAAUGAGUUGAAUCCUAAUGCCAUUGGUUCGGAUCCAAAGCCAUCAAAUCAGUGAUUAAUUGUAUGCUUCAGUUGAACAUUAAGAUGGUGUAGCCUUUGCCUUUGUGUUAGUACUCUCUCUAGUUGCUUAAGAAAUAUUGUAGUCUGUACCUGCACUUCAGGGGUAUGAUGAGAUCAUGAACAUUCACAUACAAUUAAUGUAUGAGUAAAUAAUUUUGGCAAAAAAUGGCUUUG